CUCCGCCAUCUCCAUCGCGACGCGUCGACCAUUUGGCCUUUGCCUGUGAUUCCAACAUCGACCUCAUUGCUGCCCACCUCCUCGCUCUGAAUUGGAGAAUCGACCCUUCAACUGAAUAUCGACCGCAACACCACCAACCUCGACCCCCCGACCCCUGACCCCAAAAAACCAGCGCGAGAGGAAAUCCCCUCACGCAACCUCUCACCCUCCCAUCUCUACCACAGACCAGACAAGAAACAAAGAAGCACCCAAACAAUGGCGCGCAAAUCCACCUCCAGCACAACAACAGACCAUCACCCCGCUAAUCCCAGCACCACCGCGUCCUCCCCCUCCCAACAACAACAACAACAACAACCCCCCUCGACUUCCCCCCAACCCGAUGCAAACUCCGCACCAGGAACCGUCGAAGCCACCGAACAACAACUUAAAGCCCGCGCCGAAGCCGGCGUAGGCAUCGAGGACUACCUCCUCCCCCGCUCCCUAACAAUCCGCCUCGCCAAAUCCGUCCUCCCGCCCAACACCUCCAUCCAGAAGGACGCUGUGCUCGCGAUCCAGAAGGCCGCCACCGUCUUCGUCUCGUACUUGAGUUCGCACGCCAACGAGGCAACCCUCAAACGCACCGUCGCACCCUCGGACGUCUUCAGUGCGAUCUCCGAGUUGGAGUUUGAUUCGUUCCGCGCGCGCUUGGAGAAGGAGCUUGAUGCGUUUACGGAGUUGAAGGCUGGGAAGAGGAGGGGGAAGAAGGAGGUUGUCGCGGAGAAGGGUGCGGAGGAGGAUCAGGAUCAGGAUCGGGAUCGUGGCGCGAAGAGGGUUAAGAGGGGUUCUGUUGCUACUACUACUACUACUGCUGCUGCUGCUGCGGCUGGGGCUGGAGCUAGGGCACAGACUGGCAAGGGGGAUGGCGUGAAAGGAUCGGAUGGGGAUGAGACGCAGGAGGAGCAGGGGCAUGCGGAUGGGAAUGAGACGGAGGAGGUGGAGGAGGUGGAGGAGGUAGAGGAGGAGGAUGACGAGGAGGAUGAGGACGAGGACGAAGAGGACGACGACGAAGAGGACGACGAGCAGGAGCAUAAGGAUGAUGAGGAUAUCGACCGGGUGGAGGAUCUGGAUGCCGGAGACGCCAGGAGUCGCGCCAGAGUCAUGAACCCAGAUGUCGAUGGCGAUGAGACCGAUAGUGAAAGUGAGUCGGGCCCCGGGAACCAGCUCAGGGGCGAGUUGGGUUAAUUACCCUCCCCAACGCUCUUCCGAUCUUACGAUUUGAUUGUAUCCGAUGAUGAGAUCUUGCGUCAAUGUUCCAAAUGUACAAUGCGUGUUGAUACCCCAGAUCAACG